GAAGUGGAGUGUUGUGCAAGGCCUAGACUGGAUAUUGUACAACCCCUGCCUGAGUCCUGUGAAGAGAUCUCUUCUGAUGCACUAACAGUACGAGGAUUUCAGGAAAAUGAAUGUAGAGAUUAUCAUUUAGAGUAUUCGGAAGGUGAAUCACUUUUUUACAUCAUCAGCCCAAGAGAUGUGGUUGUGGCUAAAGAGCGGGACCAAGAUGACCACAUUGACUGGCUUCUUGAAAAGAAGAAAUACGAAGAAGCUUUGAUGGCAGCUGAGAUCAGUCAGAAAACCAUAAAAAAGCACAAGAUUUUGGACAUUGGCUUAGCCUAUAUAAAUCACCUAGUGGAGAAAGGAGAGUAUGACCUGGCUGCUCGAAAGUGCCAGAAAAUUCUUGGCAAAAACACAGAACUCUGGGAAUUUGAAGUUUACAAGUUUAAAGAAAUAGGUCAGCUGAAGGCAAUUAGUCGUUACUUGCCGAGACGGGAUCCAGUUUUGAAACCUCUGAUCUAUGAAAUGGUCCUACAUGAGUUUUUGGAGAGUGACUAUGAGGGGUUUGCAACCCUGAUAAAAGAGUGGCCUGGAGAUCUCUACAACAACACAAUCAUAGUUCAAGCUGUAGUGGAUCACCUGAAGAAAGAUCCACAGAACAGGACUUUGCUACGAACGCUUGCAGAAUUGUAUACUUAUGACCAGCGCUAUGGCAGAGCCCUAGAAAUUUACUUAACUCUGAGGCACAAAGAUGUCUUCCAGUUGAUCCACAAGCACAAUCUUUUCAGUUCUAUCAGAGACAAAAUUGUUCUGCUCAUGGAUUUUGAUUCAGAGAAAGCAGUAGACAUGCUUUUGGAUAACGAAGAUAAAAUUUCCAUUGACAGAGUUGUUGAAGAAUUAGAAAACAGGCCUGAGCUACAGCACGUGUAUUUGCACAAGCUUUUCAAAAGAGACCACCAUAAAGGCCAACGAUACCAUGAGAAACAGAUCAGCCUUUAUGCCGAAUACGAUCGUCCGAACUUACUACCAUUUCUCAGAGACAGCACGCACUGCCCGCUAGAGAAGGCUCUUGAGAUCUGCCAACAGAGGAACUUUGUAGAAGAGACAGUCUAUCUUCUGAGCAGAAUGGGUAAUAGCCGCAGUGCCUUGAAGAUGAUAAUGGAAGAAUUGCAAGAUGUAGAUAAAGCUAUUGAAUUUGCCAAGGAACAAGAUGAUGGAGAACUUUGGGAAGACCUCAUUUUAUAUUCUAUUGACAAACCACCUUUUAUUACUGGUUUGUUGAACAAUAUUGGAACCCAUGUUGAUCCCAUUCUUUUGAUCCACCGCAUUAAGGAAGGCAUGGAGAUUCCUAAUUUGAGAGACUCACUAGUGAAGAUUCUUCAGGACUACAACUUGCAGAUCUUGCUGCGGGAAGGUUGCAAAAAGAUACUUGUUGCCGAUUCUCUUUCUUUAUUGAAGAAAAUGCAUCGAACUCAGAUGAAGGGUGUUCUAGUAGACGAGGAGAAUAUCUGCGAAUCAUGCCUGUCUCCAAUACUUCCUUCAGAUGCAUCCAAGUCCUUCAAUGUGGUGGUGUUCCACUGCAGACAUAUGUUUCACAAAGAGUGCCUCCCGGUAUCUAACACAGUAUCUCCUGUCCAGUUCUGCAACAUAUGCAGUGCCAAACACCGAGGGCCAGGAAGCGCAAUCCUGGAGAUGAAGAAAUAGCAGUCCCCUAGUUCUCCAUGCCAGUCUGUCACACCAAAUCUGUUAGGACCAUGCAGAGCCACUGUAGUUUCUGUUAGUCAUCAUUUCUGUAUAUAAUUCUGACUGUGAUUUACACCUGGUUUCUGUAAGUUAUCCAGCUUAUUGAACAUUUUUGGGAAAGAGAAAAUGUGAAAAUCUUUCCCCAGUAAGUCCUUGUUACGCAAUUCAUAUGUCACUGUUCCUUUGCUCAGCUUGUUACUUAACUCCGGAACAAAAAAGAGAAAUAAAAUGAGAAGAAAAAAAAAAAAA